AUGAGUUCAUAUCUGUUUGUUCUUCUCAAGGAUCGGAGAGCUCUUGGAAGAUCGAGCAAAGGGCCUUGUACGACAUUGGCAUAUAUGGAUCUAGCUCCUAACCUUCCUGUGAACGCCCCUUUACCUCAUGCAGGCGGAGGAGAGCAGAGUUCUACAAAGGCAUUGCACAAAUGUAUUUCCACUCUCAUCACCACGCUAGCCGUGCUUCUCCCACUCAAGCACAGAACCGCAUCUCUAAUGGCGUUUGUUGUUGCUUUAAUGGUUUACUUUGGUUCUUUGGCUGUCAAGAUACUACUCCAAGCACACGACCACAACCAGGAUUUGGCUGAGUUCAUGGAUAAGAUUAGCCUCUCCUCUGGAACCCUGGCCUUGAAUUUAGAAUUGCUGGUCAUUGUUCCAGCUUUUGGGUGCUUCGCCAUCGUCGUCUGGAGCCUUUGCUUUGUGAUUGCUGUAAUCAAGUCGUACCAUGAAAGUGCAGUCGUUUUGAAAAGAUUGUACCGGUGUGCAGUUGAAGAACUUGUUCAUGCCUUCGACAAGUUGAAAGAGCUCUUCCACUUGACCCGGGAGGCCGAGCAGCAGAGUGGGCUUCCUAGCUAG